AUGAAGUUCUGCGUCCCCAUGACCGCGCUUGUCGCGACCCUCGCGUCGGCAACACCUACCGCGCCUUCCAAGACCAUGGAAAAGCGAGCCACAACCUGGUGUGACGCUUUUGCCUCUGUUGCUACUGAGGGUUAUACCUUCUAUCACAACAACUGGGGCCGAGGUGAUGCUACCUCUGGCUCUCAGUGCACUACCUUGAACUCCGUCAGCAACAAGAUCUUUAAUUGGUCUACCACCUGGUCCUGGGCUGGAGGCGCUGUCAAGGUUAAAUCCUAUUCCAACGUCGCACUUGAGAACAUCAAUAAGAAGAUCUCCGACAUCAAGUCAGUGCCCACUACUUGGAACUGGCGAUACACCGGUACCGGCAUGGUAUCGGAUGUCUCUUACGAUCUUUGGCUUGCGCCUUCUAUUGGAGCUGCUAAUAAGUACGAGAUUAUGAUCUGGGUUGGAGCUUACGGUGGUGCUGGCCCUAUCUCCGAGCAAAACAAACCUGCUAUCGCGAAGCCCACCAUUGGCGGUACUACUUGGAGCCUGUUUAAGGGUCCUAAUGGGGACACAACUGUCUUUUCUUUCGUCGCGCCGUCCAAUAUCGGCAAUUUUAAGGCUGAUCUACUCCCCUUCUUGACCUACUUGACGAACAACCAGGGAGUUCCUAACAGUUACGUUGCCACGAAAUUUCAAGCUGGCACUGAGCCCUUUGUCGGCUCUAACUGUGUCUUUACAACCUCUGCCUAUACUUUGACUGUUAAUUAG